CAAAGUGAAAAUAGGGAGGGGCACGCGAGAAAGUCCUCUGGACCACUCCAGCCGGCUUGCUUCUUGGCUAUGGCGACCAUCCAAAUUGGCCCACAAGCUCGCCUCUCCCGCCCAACGCCCCUCUCGAUGAGGACUCUCUGUUCCGCCUUCCGAUCCAAAGUCCUCUCCGCCGCUCUCAACCACCGGGGUUUCUGCGCCUCUGCCCUCGGUUUCAGCAGUGCUGAGCAGCUGCUUGGCAGCGGGAGAAGGGGGUCCGGCCUCGCUUUGUCCGCUAGGGUUAGGACCAGGGCUUCGGAUGCCUUGCUUAAGGAGGAAUGGCUGGAUUCCCUCUCCUUCCCCUUCUCGGAGAACUUCCGGCAGAUCGUGCCCGUUGCCGACGAGGAGAUUGAGAGCGAUUCGGACGCCGAGUGGGUCGUCGGUAUCGACCCUGAUAUUUCGGGAGCUGUGGCUCUCCUGAAACCCGAUGGUUCUGGUUAUUCUGCUCAGCAGGUAUUUGAUACUCCGAACUUGCAAGUAUUGGUUGGAAAAAAAGUUCGAAAGCGCUUGGAUGCAAGAUCCAUGAUCCGAUUGCUUCAAAGCUUUGGUGCACCACUUGGAACUACAGCAUUUAUUGAGCAGUCUAUUCCUUAUCCACAAGAUGGAAAACAGGGGUGGUGGAGUGGAGGAUUUACAUAUGGAUUGUGGAUUGGGAUUUUAGUGGCAUCAGGAUUUUCAGUUGUGCCAGUGGCAUGUCGUGUUUGGAAGGACCAUUUUAACCUCUAUCGAAGCUCCUCAAACAAGGAAGAUAGCAGGAGAACAGCUUCUGACUUGUUUCCCUCGUUGGAUUCUUCCCUGAAAAGGAAAAAGGAUCAUGGACGAGCUGAGGCUCUUCUGAUUGCUGCCUAUGGCAGGUCUCUCAAACUGCAUUAGAUAUUGCUUGUGUUACGGG